AUGGGGCAAUGUGGAGUAUCAACUGUACACUGAUAGAGCUUAAGAUUCAACAGGAGUGGCGAAGAAAAUUCUCAUACAUUGUGUUUUAAGGGAGAGGAGGACAGAGCACAAAAAGGAGGUAGAUGUUAUGGAAGUUUGAUCAUGAAGUAUGCGGAGGAGUCUCGAAAAAGGGGCUCAUGAAUACCUGAACACAAGACUUUAAAUUGGAGAGUUUGUAGUCGCCUUGUACGAGCGGUUCGGACGCGUGAACAGAUUUGAGGAAUAUCACAUUCUAGCACGAGACGAUUUUUCACGAGGCAGAGCAAAGUUCGGCGAUCAAUGAUGGCGGUGCAGGGAGUCGCUCCGUGUGUUCGGGAGGCGUGCUGCGCUUUCAUCACUGUAUUUCUACUGUUUGAACUCUCUUCUGCCCAGUAUCACGGAGAAAAGGGCAUCUCCUUCCCGGAACAUGGGUUCUGCCAGCCCAUUUCCAUUCCUCUGUGCACGGACAUCCAGUAUAACCAAACUAUCAUGCCAAAUCUCCUGGGUCACACCAAUCAGGAGGAUGCAGGACUGGAGGUGCACCAGUUUUACCCCCUGGUCAAAGUUCAGUGCUCUCAAGAUUUGAAGUUCUUCCUCUGUUCCAUGUAUGCCCCAGUGUGUACAGUUCUGGAACAGGCCAUUCCACCCUGUCGCUCAUUGUGCGAGCGUGCCAGACAAGGGUGCGAGGCUCUCAUGAACAAGUUUGGUUUCCAGUGGCCUGAACGACUCCGCUGUGAGAACUUCCCUGUGCACGGAGCUGGAGAGAUCUGCGUUGGACAGAACAAAUCUGACCCCGGCAGCCCGCCGACAGACCCCCCGCCAUACAUACUGGGCCCAUUCACGCCACGUGUGAAUGCAGAACGCCCGAGUCAGGCUUUCUCGUGCCCUCUUCAACUGACAGUCCCUUCCUACCUCAAUUACCAGUUUUUGGGGGCGAAAAACUGCGGCGCCCCCUGCGAGCACAAGCAGCCACACGGGCUGAUGUACUUCAAGGAGGAGGAGGUCCGAUUUGGGCGGCUUUGGGUGGGAAUCUGGUCCAUCCUGUGCUGCGUGAGUACCCUAUUCACCGUUCUCACGUACCUUGUGGAUAUGCGCCGGUUCCGUUACCCAGAACGCCCCAUCAUCUUCCUCUCUGGGUGUUACUUCAUGGUGGCGCUGGCUUACGCAACCGGUUUUCUAUUGGAGGAUAAGGUGGUCUGCAUUGAUAAGUUCAGGGAUGACGCGUACAAAACCGUGGCUCAGGGGACUAAAAAGGAGGGCUGCACCAUCCUCUUCAUGAUCUUGUAUUUCUUUGGCAUGGCCAGCUCCAUCUGGUGGGUGAUCUUGUCACUCACCUGGUUCCUCUCUGCUGGAAUGAAAUGGGGUCAUGAAGCUAUCGAAGCCAACUCUCAAUACUUCCACCUGGCCGCUUGGGCUGUCCCCGCCGUGAAGACCAUCACCAUCCUUGCCCUGGGACAAGUGGAUGGCGACCUUCUGACCGGUGUAUGCUAUGUGGGCAUCUACAAUGUGGAUGCGCUCCGUGGAUUUGUUCUCGCUCCUCUAUUUGUUUAUCUCUUCAUCGGAACAUCUUUCCUGCUGGCUGGAUUCGUCUCCUUGUUCCGCAUCCGUACCAUCAUGAAGCACGAUGGCACCAAGACCGAAAAACUGGAAAAGCUAAUGGUGCGAAUUGGUGUUUUCAGCGUCCUCUACACCGUUCCGGCCACCAUAGUCAUUGCGUGUUACUUCUAUGAGCAGGCGUUUCGCGUGCAGUGGGAAAAAACCUGGCAUAUGCAGACGUGCAAGCGCUUUGCCGUGCCAUGCCCCACUAACAAUUUUGCACCCAUGACGCCUGAUUUCACUGUGUUUAUGAUCAAAUACCUUAUGACUAUGAUUGUAGGAAUCACAUCAGGAUUCUGGAUCUGGUCUGGAAAGACUCUGCAGUCGUGGCGCAAGUUUUACAAACGCCUGGCCAACAACCAAGGGGAGACGACCGUGUAAACUGAAUUUUCUAUCUACCGCAUGUGAGAAAAAUACAGGUUAAUAUUGAAAUGAAACCGCAAAGAGGUUACGUACUACAACGAACCAUGCUGAUGGAGAAAGACAGGAUGUGAGCCCAGCGUGAUGAUUUCCUCAUUUGAAGUGCUCAGACAUUGCCAACAAUUUAGAAAGAAUAAAAAUUUUCAAGUGAAAAGCACAACCCAAUAGAUCAUGCUUUUCUCAAAUAGACUAAAUUACAGAACAUUUUUUAAAUCCUUAUGGCUUGUUGGUACACAACUAAUGAUUUUAUGUAAAAGAUGGCGUAACUGAUGGAUGUGGGAACUUCAAUACUGACUUUUUUUUUUUUUUAUCAGGAGUUGAUGCUACGAUUUCUUCACCCCACAGCGGCUCAAAAUGUCUGCAAUUUAGUCUUGCGCCUUGCAGUACUGAAAAAUUCCCUUUGUUGAAUGUCUCUUGUUUUUUUUUACCACAUUUUUGGUCAUUUUCCUCCAUAGAAUACAUAUUUUUGUAUCUGGGUGCACAUGGCCGUUUAUUUAGAUUUGGACCUAGUUGAAUUUAACAUUCUUUGGUCAUGAGUUGCUUAUUCAUCAAUGUUGCCAUAUCAAGUCAGGUCUCAUGAAGUAAUUUAAUAUUCUGGCAUUUUAGCAAUGUGAAAGUGAAUGACAGAAUUAAACAUGCUAAGCAGAGAAGUAUGAACCGGAGGAAAUGUUACCAGAUUUCAUUAUUUGUAAAUAUCACCUAACUGUUAAAAAGAUGUAUGAUCUAUUUAAGCAGAUUAAUUUUGUUUAAGGCCAUUUUUUU